CCCCGUGACAGGUUAGGUUGAGCGGUGGAGGACUUGCUGGUCGCAGUUAAAGGCGGAGACAGGAUGAACGUUGGUGUCGCUCACAGUGAGGUUAAUCCCAACACUCGGAUAAUGAACAGCCGGGGGAUCUGGCUAGCUUACCUCAUUUUAGUUGGAAUUCUCCACGUCGUCCUGCUGAGUAUUCCAUUCUUCAGCAUUCCGGUGGUGUGGACCCUCACUCAUGUCAUCCACAACUCGGCAAUGUAUUGGUUUCUGCACACUGUCAAAGGAACACCCUUUGAGACUCCAGACCAAGGCAAGGCACGGUUACUGACGCACUGGGAGCAAAUGGAUUAUGGGAUCCAAUUUACGUCAUCGCGCAAGUUUCUCACCAUCACACCAAUAAUUCUGUAUAUGCUAGCAAGUUUCUACACUAAAUAUAACGUUGUUCAUUUCCUGGUGAACACUACAUCUUUGCUUACUGCCCUCAUUCCCAAACUCCCCCAGCUGCACGGGGUCCGCCUUUUUGGCAUCAAUAAGUAUUGAGCGGGUGGUUGGCAGCUGAGCGAAUGCUGCCAGUGGCUCCAGCCAGCCUCAGACGGGGGUCUGUAUGAGUGAUGGGCACAAUGUACUGAGACAAUGAACCGAGAAGAGCCUGCUGACACAACCAUCCAAAUUAGUGACGAUUUACUUACAGCCAAGAUCUUCCACUUGGCCACGUAGGAAUUGUGCUCGUGUAUAAUUUUAUAUUUUUUCUCUCCUUUUGCAUCAAUUGUAUACAUAAAAAAAGGUUUGUCACUGA